AUGGAAGCUAUAGUAAAGAACGCUAUACAGCAAUUUUGUGAUGAAAACAACAUCUUGCAGGAUUUGCAACAUGGCUUCAGGAGAGGACGUUCCUGCCUCUCAAAUCUGCUAGCUUGUCUGGAAAUCUGGACCAGUGCUCUAGAAGAGGGUUUUGAGGUCGAUGUCGUGUACAUCGAUUUCCGCAAAGCUUUUGACACUGUCCCACACCAACGUCUUCUUCACAAAUUGAGCGACAUCGGCAUCCGGGGAGAUCUUCUGAACUGGAUUAGGGCGUUUCUGGUUGGUCGGAAACAACGUGUCUGUAUCGGGGAUGAUAUGUCAGAAUGGGUGAAUGUAACCAGUGGUGUGCCGCAAGGCUCAGUUCUGGGACCGUUGCUCUUCAUCCUUUACGUUAACGACAGCCUUCAGGAACUCGACUGCGGCAAAAUAAUGUUUGCAGACGACGUUAAGCUCUGGCAAGUCAUUAAGGAUCCAAAUGAUCAGAGAUCCCUUCAAGAUAAUCUGCACCGACUGCAAGCGUGGUGGAAGAAAUGGCUUCUAGAUUUCAAUGUGGAGAAGUGUGUCGUCCUUCAUCUGCGUCCAACCAACUCUCAUUCAACUGAGAGUCUGAGGACUUAUCACCUGAAAGAUAUAAGGUUCCCGCAGAAUCUUCACAGAAGGAUCUCGGGGUUUGGAUACAGAACAACCUGA